AUGAGCAGAUUCCUUUAUCCAACCGGUGACAAAAAUCUUGCUUGGAGUAGCGGUUAUAACCGUCUUGAUAACCUUGGUUUUGAGAGAUCUUCCACAGUGGGUCCAAAAAUUGAACAUUUCUGGCCUGAAUUUUCCUCCUUGGAUCAUUGCUCUGGUGGUAAUAGUUUUUACUCGGAUGAGGAAGAGAACCGGAGAUUUGCUGAAAAAUAUCAACUGAAUUUUGACGAUGAAGCAAGUGACGCGCAUCUAGACGUCGUCAUAACUGUAAUUGGCGACAAGCUGCAGUGA